AUGGAUCGCAGUUUGGACGAGAUCAUCGCUGAAGACACGGUAAGGCUCCAGAGAGCAAUAAAACCACAAAGGCGCGCAAUUAACUCACUCAAUUGCAGCGGAACCCUGGUCGCCCUUCAGGCGGUGGUGGUCCUCGUCGUCACAACAACCCCGGCCGUCGCCAUGAGCGCGAUGGCGUCAGAAAGGUCCGCCCUCCUUUUCCUCCUCUGCGAAUUCUCUUCUUGCUCCGUGACAAUCGUAGCCAGUCCUCUGGGCCGUUGGAGACUUGCCAACGAACACGCCACGGCAAAGACAUGGAACAGAACUUUGCACGAUAUCCCAUCUGACUUGGAGCUAACGCUAAGUCUUUUCGAUAACUACAGCCAUACACUUCGGACCGUGUCGAUCUCAACCUCCCGCCCGUCCCGUGGAGGCCGCAGAGGCCGCGACGGAUAUGAUUCCGAUCGCUCUAGCACACUGACCAAGGUUCGCGUGGAUAACCUUCACUACGACAUCACCGAAACCGAUCUCGACGAUCUCUUCGGUCGAAUUGGACCUGUUUCUGAACUUACUGUCUCUUACGACCGCGCUGGACGCUCCGAGGGAGUUGCUUUCGUUACAUACGCCCGCCUGAAAGACGCACACACCUCCAUUCAGGAGUAUGAUGGAGCCAACGCCAAGGGUCAACCCAUCCGUCUUUCUCUUAUCCCCGGCCGCCGUGAACGUAACCCACUCGACUCCGCGCAACGCCCUAGACCCAGCCUCUUGGACCGCGUCCAGCGUCCCCGCGACGAUCGCAGCAUGAGCCCAGAUGACAACGCAGAUGGUCGACGCCGCCGUGGUGGUGGCCGUCCUCAUCGCAGCGACGUCACCAAGCCCGCCCCAGACAACAUCGACCGUUACGUCCCGGGACAACGCUCCAACCAGCGCUCCCCUAACCGCCGCGGCGGAGGCAGACGUGGACGCGACAACCGCUCGCAACAAGCUGAUGGAUCCAACCGCCGAUCCAAUCCCCGUCCGCGCAAGACCCAGGAGGAGUUGGACCAGGAGAUGGAAGAUUACUGGGGUGGUGCGAACAAUGGCGGUGAAGCAGCUGCCCCCGCUCAGGAUGUCCCUCAGCAGACUGCUCCAGCGCCAAGCGCACCGGCUGCCGAUGAUGAUAUCGAUAUGAUUGAGUAA